AUGUUUGAUCCAAGUUAAGAUAUAACUUAUCCUCCAAUUGUGAUUUUAAAUGAUUUGGAACCAACUGAAAAAUAAUGGGCUUUAAUUUUUUAUUUUCCAGAAAUAUAUUUUGUUAAAGGAAGAGCCAUGAGUUAGAGAGAUUUAAUUAGAGCAAACAUUAAAUAAGCUGUAAGAGUUGUAAUUCUUUCACCAAAAGAAAUAUCGACUGCAAAAUUUGAAGAUGAUUCUUAAGAAAAUGAUUAAAUAUUUCAAUAGCAAUAGUUGACUCAAGAUUAAGAGUAUUUAUUGGAUGCAAAAACAAUUUUUAAAUAUAGAAAUGUUAUCAGAUUAAAACCUCACAUUUAAAUUGUUACGGAAUUUGUUUCUCCUUCUAACAUUUAAUUUAAUUUUUAUUAUUUGAUAAAGAUUAUGAUUUAAUGA